AUCUGCGCCGAAUCCCUCAAACACAGUCCUUCCUCUCUGCGCCGCCCGUGAUCACCGUUUUCCGGCCACGAAAUCUCAAUUUGGAUUAUAAAAAAAAGGUUUUUGAAGGAGGCCCAGAUGUUCUACCUUAGCCGAUUGGAGCACACCUUUCGCGUGCCACCAAGUCUCCUUAGCCUUCCCUGCGAGGAAGUUGUCAAAGGAGAGCUUGAAAAACUUUUCCUAGACAAGGUUAUUGCAAAAUUGGGUCUUUGUGUCUCCGUCUAUGAUAUCCGCUCCAUUAAAGGUGGCUUUAUCUUUCCCAGUGAUGGCGCUCCGACCUAUACGGUGGUGUUCAGACUGAUUAUGUUUCGUCCAUUUGAGGGAGAGAUUAUUGCUGCAAAACUUAAAGAAUCUAAUUCUACGGGUUUACGCUUAUCACUUGGAUUUUUCGAUGACAUUUAUAUACCGGUCGAACUUUUCCCAAUUCCUUCCUCCUUCAAACCUGACCCAAAUAAAAAGGACAAAGGCACAUGGGAAUGGGAGUUUGGUGGAGAUCCAUUUAUUGUUGAUGGGAUUGAUGAGAUCUUGUUCCGAGUUCGCAGUAUAAGUUAUCCAUCAAUUCCACUUGAGCAGCCAGAACAAGCUAAGCCAUUUGCUCCGAUGAGGAUUACUAAUGCUGUAACAACCAUGAGAUAUGUGUGUGUGUGUUUAUGUCUGUCGGCCUAUCAAAAUUGAUAAAGCAUCAUCCAUUUUUAUUCACUUUAGUAAUUUUAUUUUUUGAUCCAAUUUUCAAAUAGAUCUACAAACCUUAAAGGCAAAAAUGUUGAUUCGGGACAGACAAUAAUCACAGAAAUACACUGUAAAAUUAGGGCAAAGUGAGGAGAAAGAAAGCUAAGAGGCGAGAUAAAGUAGAGAAAGAAGAAGCUAGAAGGAGCAUCCGGCUUCUAUGCGGUAGUGAAAACUACCGCAUGUCUGCUGUGCAAAGUUUGGAUGGCCCAGUUGAAACUAAGGGUUUUUUUUUUUUAACUAAAACUCACGCUGUCUACUUUUUCUCCGUGCAAUAAAACAGACCUCUCUCUCUCUCUCCACCCAAAAACUCCCAUGGCCACCACUUUGCCACCUGACCGCUCUGCCAUAGCAGCUCCAUGAUUUUACUUUUUCUCAUAAUUUUAUUCCAUAAAAGUCUCCCUCCAUUGGAGUACAAAUCACACUUAGAGAGACUAAUGAUUAAACCGAGCGAAAGAAGAGAAUCAACUUCUCAUAAUUUUAUGCCAUAAAAGUCUCCCUCCAUUGGAGUACAAAUCACACUUAGACAUACUCAUGAUUAAACCCUAGGACAACGUCCAUUUAUUGACUUGGCUAGUAUAAUUUAGGGCAACGUCUCUUCAUUGACUUACCUAACAUAACUUAGGGCAACACCUAUUUAUUGAAUUACAAAAUCACCAUUGAACCUUAAAAAUUAAAUACAAAUAUCCAUUAAUUAAUUAAUUAAUUA